GACACGAGGUGGAAAUUUUUGGGAUUAUUUCCUCCUCAUUGGUAAAUUUUGAAGACUGAAUCAACGAUGUAUGAAUCUGAAGGAUUAUAUGAAGGAGAGGGUGGCGCACCAGAUGGAGCAUAUCAUGGAGGAGGAGGAGGGUAUGAGCCUCCUAUACAUGAUAAAGGAGGUGUAGAUCCCCAGUCAUAUUCUCCUGUGCCAGAGGAAAUACGAAGAUUUAUUCACUUCUUCCACCAGCAUGUUACUGAGCAGAAUCUCUAUGACAUACAGUUUAUCUAUGAAACAAAUUUCAACAAAUUAACAGAGAGAUAUUUUGAAAAAUCUGCUUGGCCAGAACCCGAGUAUGUUGCAAGCCUUGUGGAUGGAGACCAGGUAUUUUUGAUCCUUUACAAAGAGCUGUACUACAGACACAUCUACAACAAGCUCAAGCCAACACUGGAGCAUCGCUUUGAAUCUUAUUUCAACUACUGUGACCUUUUCAACUACAUUUUGAACACAGAUGAACCAGUUCCUCUCACCUUGCCAAAUCAGUGGUUGUGGGAUAUCAUUGAUGAGUUUAUCUAUCAGUUCCAAGCAUUUAGCCAGUACCGAUCAAAGUUGUUGAAAAAGGGAGAAGACGAAGUUGGCACUCUAAGAGCAAAUACAAAGAUUUGGAAUGUUCACAGUGUACUCAAUGUGCUCUAUUCUUUGGUGGAGAAAUCCAAGAUUAAUCACCAGCUUGAAAAGUACAAUCAAGGCGGUGACCCAGACUCAGUGGCUGGUGAGUUUGGAAUUCAUCCCCUGUACAAGAUGCUGGGUUACUUCAGUUUGAUUGGUUUGUUACGACUGCACUCGCUGCUUGGUGAUUAUUUCCAGGCCAUCAAAGUUCUGGAGAAUGUCGAGCUAAACAAGAAGAGUUUGUACUCAAGAGUUCCAGCUUGCCAGAUCACCACUUACUACUAUGUUGGGUUUGCAUACCUCAUGAUGAAGAGAUACCAGGAUGCUAUUCGUAGUUUCUCUAAUAUUCUGCUGUACAUUCAGAGGACCAAAAAUAUGUUCCAAACUAAAUCCUAUCAGUAUGAACAGAUAAUGAAAAAGAAUGAUCAGAUGUAUGUACUGCUGGCCAUCUGUCUGACAUUAUGUCCUCAGCGAAUUGAUGAAAAUGUUCACUCACAACUGAGGGAGAAAAAUGCAGACAGGUUGCAACGACUUCAGCGUGGAGAUUUGCAGACAUUUGAGGAGUCGUUUUCAUAUGCAUGUCCCAAAUUUAUCUCCCCAGUCCCUCCAAACUUUGACGCUCCUCCAGCCAAUUUUAACAGGGAACCGUUUAAUCUUCAGCUGAAAGUUUUCAUGAAUGAAGUGUCGCAACAAUCCUUAAUACCAGUUAUUAGAAGCUAUUUGAAGUUGUACACCACAAUGCCCAUUGCAAAGCUGGCAGCAUUUUUGGACAUGGAUAAGAGUCAGUUUAGGACUCAACUGCUCUGCUUCAAGCACAAACAGAGGAAUCUUGUGUGGACGAAAGGAACAGAUGCUCUUGAGGGAGAGCUCCAGUCUUCCUCUGAAGUGGACUUUUACAUUGACCAGGAUAUGAUUCACAUCGCCGAUACGAAAGUUGAACGGCGGUAUGGAGAUUUCUUCAUUCGACAGAUUCACAAGUUUGAAGAGGUUACGAGGAACAUUCAAGCAGUUCAGUAACACCAAGACGAUCAGCUGAGAAAAGAUACCGUUUAGGGGAAAAGAAAAGAAAAGAAAAUCCAAAAAGUACACUGAUACCUAGCAUCCAUCCAUCCCUGUAUAUUCCUUUUUGCAAUCUGUGAUAUCAUAGGAAGUUUUUUCUCCUUCUCUUAUCGUGUGAACUAUUUAAGUAUUUGGCGUGAAUUGGAACUAUUUUACCUAUGAAGAGAUCUACGAACUUAUACCCCGUUCACAUCACCAAACAUGUUUUUGAAACGGUGUUUAACUUAAUGUAAAACAGAAACAGAGAAUAGAAUUUUCCCUAGGAUUCAAAUAGUCACUAACUAUUAUUUCAUUGUGCUAAAUUUGAAGUCGGCAAAACAUCGGUUUAAGAAGCUUCUAUGAAUACAACAAAUUUAAAUCGUGUUUCAAACAAAAGAACUUAAGACAUGUUUGAACUUUGUGGUAAAUGGAUUAUUAAACUGUUCCGCUGUCUCA